AUGUGGAGUAUGAUGAGAAUGAAUUUGAUCAGCGUUUUAUUCCUGUCUCUGUUAUUGCUUUGUGCAUCAGCCAGUAACAUAUAUGAGAGGUCACUGGUGCCCAGAGCUGCGUCCCGCUCAGUGGCCCGAAUGGACGGUGAUAUAAUUAUUGGAGCCCUGUUUUCUGUCCAUCAUCAGCCGUCGGCAGAGAACGUGGCAGAAAGAACGUGUGGAGAGAUCAGAGAGCAGUAUGGGAUUCAAAGGGUGGAGGCAAUGUUCCACACACUGGACAGAAUUAACUCUGAUCCCAACCUUCUACCCAACAUCACUCUGGGCUGUGAGAUCAGGGACUCUUGCUGGCACUCCUCAGUGGCCUUGGAGCAAAGUAUUGAGUUUAUAAGGGACUCACUUAUUUCAAUACGUGAUGAAAGGGAUGGAUCAAAGUGGUGCAUUGAUGGGACUCCAUCCAGUCAGCCACCUGCCACUAAGAAACCCAUUGCAGGUGUGAUUGGACCUGGCUCCAGCUCAGUGGCAAUCCAGGUGCAAAACCUGUUGCAACUUUUUAACAUCCCUCAAAUCGCCUACUCUGCCACUAGCAUUGACCUGAGUGAUAAAACUCUCUAUAAGUAUUUCCUCAGGGUUGUGCCAUCUGAUACUCUUCAAGCCAGGGCCAUCUUGGACAUUGUUAAACGGUACAACUGGACUUAUGUAUCGGCUGUUCACACUGAAGGCAACUAUGGGGAGAGUGGUAUGGAGGCCUUUAAGGAGCUGGCAUCUCAGGAGGGUCUGUGCAUUGCCCACUCUGACAAGAUCUACAGCAAUGCCGGAGAGAAGCACUUUGACAGGCUGCUGAGGAAGCUGAGGGAGCGGCUGCCUAAAGCCCGUGUCGUGGUGUGUUUCUGUGAAGGCAUGACUGUGCGCGGCCUACUUAUGGCGAUGAGACGAUUGGGUGUGGCAGGAGAAUUCCUCCUUAUCGGAAGUGACGGCUGGGCAGACAGAGACGAGGUGGUGGAGGGCUAUGAACAGGAAGCUGUAGGAGGCAUCACUGUGAAGCUUCAGACCGAGGAGGUCACGUCUUUCGAUGACUAUUUCUUGAAGCUGCGCCUAAAUACAAACACGAGGAACCCGUGGUUUGCUGAGUUCUGGCAACAUCGCUUCCAGUGCCGCAUCCCAGGACACUCUCAGGAGAACAUGAACUACAAGAAGAACUGCACAGGUUAUGAGAGUCUGGAGGACAACUACGUUCAAGACAGUAAGAUGGGUUUUGUCAUAAAUGCCAUCUAUGCCAUGGCUCACGGCCUGCACGACAUGCAUCAGCACCUUUGUCCAGGCUACGUGGGCCUGUGCGAGGCCAUGGACCCCAUUGAUGGCAGCAAACUGCUGGACUUCCUGCUCAAGACUUCAUUCGCUGGAGUGUCUGGGGAGGACGUGUGGUUUGACGAGAAUGGAGAUUCACCUGGCAGGUACGACAUAAUGAACCUGCAGUAUGUGGAGUCUGGUGUGUAUGACUACAUUAAUGUGGGCUCCUGGCAUGAGGGCGUGCUGAGCAUUGAUGAUUAUAUGAUCCAGAUGAACCGGAGUGAAAUGGUCCGCUCUGUCUGCAGUGAGCCCUGCUCUAAAGGAGAGAUCAAGGUGAUCAGGAAAGGGGAGGUGAGCUGCUGCUGGAUCUGCACUGCCUGUAAGGAUAAUGAGUACGUCCAGGACGAGUUCACCUGCAAGGCGUGUGAGCUGGGCUGGUGGCCUGAUGAAGAGCUACAUGGCUGCGAGCCUAUUCCCCUGCGUUAUCUGGAGUGGAGUCAUGCUGAGUCCAUUGUGGCGGUGGUCUUCUCUUGCCUUGGCAUCCUGGUGACCAGUUUUGUCACCUUUGUCUUCAUCCUGUACAGAGACACACCUGUGGUCAAGUCCUCCAGCCGAGAGCUCUGCUACAUCAUCCUGGCUGGGAUCUUCCUUGGUUACAUCUGCCCCUUCACACUCAUAGCCCGGCCCACGAUAGCCUCUUGUUAUCUGCAGCGCCUGCUGGUGGGCCUCUCAGCUUCCAUGUGCUACUCAGCCUUGGUCACAAAGACCAACCGCAUUGCCCGCAUCCUUGCAGGCAGCAAGAAGAAAAUCUGCACGCGAAAGCCACGCUUCAUGAGCGCCUGGGCUCAGGUGGUCAUCGCCUUCAUCCUCAUCAGUGUGCAGCUCACGCUAGAGAUCACGCUCAUCAUCCUGGAGCCGCCAGAGCCCAUCAAAUCCUACCCCAGCAUCAGGGAGGUCUUUCUGAUCUGCAACACCAGCAAUAUGGGCAUGGUGGCACCACUGGGCUACAACGGCCUGCUCAUCCUCAGCUGCACCUACUACGCCUUCAAAACCCGCAACGUUCCGGCCAACUUCAACGAAGCCAAAUACAUCGCCUUCACUAUGUACACCACCUGCAUCAUCUGGCUGGCCUUCGUGCCCAUCUACUUUGGUUCCAACUACAAAAUCAUCACCACCUCCUUCUCGGUCAGCCUGAGCGUGACUGUGGCCCUGGGCUGCAUGUUCACGCCCAAGAUGUACAUCAUCAUCGCUAAGCCGGAGCGCAACGUGCGCAGCGCCUUCACCACCUCUGACGUGGUGCGCAUGCAUGUGGGCGAUGGCAAAAUUGCCUGCAGGAGCAACAGCCUGCUCAACAUGUUCAAACGCAAGAAAAAUGCCCCUGGAAACGCAAAUUCUAAUGGAAAGUCUGUGUCAUGGUCUGAACCAGGUUCAAGACAUCCUCCGAAAGGAGAACACAUGUGGCACAGACUGUCUGUGCAUGUGAAGAGACAGGAGGCCGGCUCCAAUCAGACGGCUGUCAUCAAACCUCUAACUAAUACCUACCAUAACACAGGCCUGGAGUUUUCAGACCUGAGCACCAAGACUCUGUACAAUGUGGCUGAGGAGGACGAGGGGGACCCGGUCAGGUACAACCCCCCGGUCAGCCCUGCUUUGAUUACUCACAGGCAGUCGCCUGUCCACGAGUCUUUGAAGGAAGUGGCUUUGGAGCCGGAGUUUUAUAACCCUGAACCGCAGAAAAGCAUUCCUACCCAGCAUGUUAUUGCAGACCACUUUCAGGAGGUGGUGAGCACGUUCAGUUCCAGCGUGACUGAUCUGGAUGAUAUCAUUAACUUGCCUGAGCCAGACAGUGGGCUGAGGCCUCCGUAUCAGCCCCUCAUCCUGCAGACCCAGCCGUCCCCUCUGCCCAUGCAUCUGGGCACUUACUCUAAGGAGCCCAUCUCUCCACUGGAGGAGGAGAUGGAAAUGGAGAAUGAGCAGUUUGGUCUCCUCCAUGGCUACAUGUACGACAAUGCGCAAAUCCAUGAUGAGGAGGAGCUGGUGCAGAUCAAGCUAGCCAUGGAGGACUCGCUGGCUCUUAUGCCGCCCUCUCCUUUUCGGGACCCUAUGGGCUCAAGAAGUCACAUUCCCAACUCCCCUGUGUCUGAAUCCAUCCUGUGCACCCCACCCAGCGUAACGUAUGCGUCAGUUAUCCUCAGAGACUACAAACAAAGCUCCUCUACUCUGUGAAGAAGCUUUAUGAAAAACCCCUUAAAUGUGGGCCUCAUUACAAUAUCAUUCCACCUGUUAUCAUAUUUGU